AGAGGUGGUGUGGAACCCGGAAGAGCUUGGAAGACUCCAGAGAAGGAGCUGAGACAGAGGGAAGGAAGGAGGCAGGAGGCAGCAUCUCUCCCACCCUGAAGCACCUGGUCAGGAGAGUCUGGCAAAAGAGAAGCAUAAUCUGGAUGGGAGUUGCAGUCAAGCAGGACUCCUAUGGAUCUGGAUUAAGAACAGAGUUUCCUCUUGUUCAAGCUGAGAGGGCAGAGGCGUUUCGGAAAAGAACUGCACGGAGCAGCCUGUGGAAGGAUAUGCUGAUCUCAAACGUUGAGCGCCAGCGCUUCAGGGACUUCCGCUAUGAGGAGAUGGAGGGGCCUAGAAAAGUUUGUAGCCAACUCUACCAUCUCUGCCGCCAGUGGUUGCAGCCAGAAAGGCAGAGCAAGGCGGAGAUGCUGGACCUGGUGGUGCUGGAGCAGUUCCUGGCCGUCCUUCCUGCGGAGAUGGAGCGCUGGGUGAGAGAGUGCGGAGCGGAGAGCAGCACCCAGGCCGUGGCCCUGGCAGAAGGAUUCCUCCUCAGCCACGCAGAGGAAGGCAGGCAGAGCAAGGAGCAGCAGGAAUUCUUUAUGGCAGAGAAAGCUGACUUAGAGGACUGCUAUUUCGAAAUCAAGGGAACAAUGCUGGACAGGAAUAGAGUGUCCACUUCAGUGGGAGACACACUAUUGACAUGGCCAAUGCUUCUUGAUUGUGAUGCUCAUGGUGCAUCUUCCACAAGACUAAAUCAGGUGUCUUUUGAGGACGUGGCUGUGUUUUUCACGGAUGAGGAAUGUGCCCUGCUGGACCCAAGAGAAUGGGCCCUGCACUGGGAAGUGAUGGAGGAGAAUUUUGGCCUUGUGUCCUCUCUGGCUGGUGACGAGCAACUGAACGAGAAUGACAGAGAAAUAUGCAGAUUGUGGCUUGAAAAGCCCAUAUGCGAAAAGAUGGAAGAGAAAAGACAAAACACUCAAGGAAAAAGGAGCAAAAUGCUCACUUCUCAAAGUGGGGAGAUCUUUGACAUCUCGGUUGAAGAAAUGACACAAACUGGAAAUGAAUGUAUUUGCUUCCUUUGUGGAAGAUGCUUCGGUUCUCAAACGAGCCUUAAUUCUCAUGUGAGAACGCACACAAGGGAGAUGUUUUUCCAAAGUGGCAAGUGUGGAAAGAUCAUUGGUGAUGGGAAAGGACAAACAAUUCACACCAGGGAGAAACCAUUUCACUGCCUAGAGUGUGGAAAGUGUUUCCGUCUAAAGGUACACCUGAGCUCUCAUGAACGAAUCCAUACAGGAGAGAAGCCCUUCCACUGCUUGAUGUGUGAAAAGAAAUUCAGUCAGAAGAGAACCCUCAUCCGUCAUGAAAGGAUCCAUACAGGAGAGAAACCAUUUCAGUGCUUGGAAUGUGGAAAGAGAUUCACUCAGAAAACAGAUCUUGCUCGACAUGAGAUCAUUCACACAGGGCAGAAACCAUUCCAGUGUUCAAAGUGUGGGAAGAGCUUCAGUCAGAAGGCACACCUGACCUCCCAUGAAAGGAUUCACACAGGCGAGAGACCAUUUCGGUGCUCCGAGUGCGGGAAAAGCUUCAGUCAGAAGCCACACCUUGCUUGUCAUCAAGCCGCACACACAGGGGAGAAACCAUUUAAAUGUUUGGAAUGUGGAGAACGUUUCACGCGGAAGGUGCACCUCACUCGCCACCAAGUAACUCACACAGGGGAGAAGCCCUUCCAGUGCUUGGAAUGUGGAAAGUGCUACAGCCGGAAGAUGCAUCUCACUUGUCACCAGGCAGCUCACAUGGGGGAGAAGCCAUUUAAAUGUUUGGAGUGUGGCGAGAGCUUCGGUCGGAAGAUGUCCCUCACUUGUCAUCAAGCGAGUCACACUAAGGUGUAACCAUUCCAAUUGGGUGGAUAGGCCCCAAUGUCCAUGAAGCUUUCCCUCCCAAUGUUCUGCUCCUUCGGACCUUGUGAGAACUGUAGUUCAUUGUCUUAACUGCCAUUCUGGAUUCAUCACCUCUGCAGGAGUCUACUGUAUUCCAUGCAGCUGUGGACAAGUCUACAUAGGGACUACCAAACGCAGCAGCAUUGCCCAAACACGAAUCAAGGAACAUGAAAGGCACUGCAGACUACUUCAACCAGAGAAGUCAGCCAUAGCAGAGCACCUGAUGAACCAACCUGGACACAGCAUAUUAUUUGAGAACACAGGAAUGCUGGACCACUCUCACAACCACCAUGUCAGGCUACACAGAGAAGCCACUGAAAUCCCCAAGCAUGUGGACAAUUUCAACAGAAAGGAGGAAACCAUGAAAAUGAACUAAAUCUGGCUACCAGUAUUUAAAAAAAAACUCUAAAAUUACAACAGCAAAACAACUGAGAGGAAACAAUCAGGCACAUCAAAUCACUCUCAACAAAAUAUUCCCCCCAGGCACUUCCAAGCCAUUAAAUGCUAAUCAAGGUGGUCAGUUGAAACAUUCACACAAAAGUCCUUUGUCCCACCCUUUGUCAUUCCACAGAUAUAUAAACCCAUUUUCCUACUUCCAACAGACCUCACUACCUCUGAGGAUGCUUGCCAUAGAUGCAGGCGAAACAUCAGGAGAAAAUGCCUCUAGAACAUGGCCAUAUCGCCCGGAAAAACCUACAACUCCUCAUCACUUCUAGUUUUUCUUGGGUCUCUUUUGGUUGGGAGGGGGUGUUCUUGCUGUGUUGGUAUUGCAGAACAUCCAAAACAGAAUUUUUAGUUCUUCUUAAGCUCUUUUCAAUUUUUAGCCAUUGAAUAAUAAAAUAAUAAUAAUAAUAAUAAUAAUAGAUUGAAGAGAAACAAAUGGAAAAGAUGACACGAUAUGAGGAUUUAAAGAUGGAAAUGCAAAGACUCUGGCACAAUCCCGUUAAGGUGGUCCCAGUGGUGAUCAGCACACUGGGUGCAGUGCCUAAAGACCUUGGCCUGCACUUAAACACAAUCGGCGCUGACAAAAUUACCAUCUGUCAGCUGCAGAAGGCCACCUUAGUGGGAUCUGCACGCAUUAUUCGCCGAUACAUCACACAGUCCUAGACACUUGGGAAGUGUCCGAUGUGUGAGGCAAUACAACAGCCAGCAGAGUGUCUGCUGUGGACUCAUCUUGUUGUGCUUCA